AGCUGACAUGAAUGGCUUUUUCUGCAGAUCUGACGAUCUAUCCUCUGAUUUUUCGCCUUUUAAAUCUUUCACUUUCAUUUGAUAGUGGGAUCUGGGUAUUCUUUAAUUCCUUGGGAAGCCCAAGAAAAUGCGAUUUCUUCCUUGGAUGUUGAACCCAAACUGCUUCAAAUGAUUGAUUUCCAGCGCUUCUUUUUUCAAUACAAAUAGACAUAAAUGAAUAAAUAAAAUCUGAUUUCAAAGGAGAAUCUGGUGUUAUUUUUGAAUUAAUGAAUUGGGUUUUUGUUAGGUGGCGCAGAUUUUCAUCUGGGUUUGUUUUAUUUGAUUUUCCAUAGAAAAAUGUUCAUUUUUUAUGAUUUUUCGUGCAGAAUCCCCUGUUUUCAUUGAUGAUUUGAUUGAAUUGAAGUUGGUUUUCUUUGGAAAUUGGUUUGUGAUCUGUUUGAGAGUAUUUCGAUUCCUGAUAGGAGGGAGGUUUUGCGUUGGGUUGAUCUUUUAUAUUGGCUGUUUUCUGUGUAAUCAUCUGUUUUUUUUUUUUUUCCUUGAUUUUCCAUAAGAGGGGAGCUAGAUUUUUCUUUUUAAAAACAAAGUACCUGAGAUCUGUUGAGAUUUGUUGAUAAAAGGAAGAGUUUUGCAUUAACCCGAUCAAAAUAUUGGUUGCUUUCUGUUUAAAAUCCUCCAUUUUUCUUGUUUUUUCCAGGAAAAAAAUAGGAAAGUUGGCUUUGCUGUAAUUUUUCUCAAUCGAACAAACCUUCUUUUUUUUUUUUUCUCUCUGUUGGAAGGAAAUUGAGAGAUUUAUUGUGAUUGAAUCAUCCGGCUAGAUGGCUCAUCGAUCGCAUUACGUGUCUUGUAGUCCUGGUUGUAUUAGAUUGAUUCUGGUUUUGGUGGGAAUCUGUUUGGUUGGUUACAUUGCGACACCACCAUUGUAUUGGCACAUGAACGAGAUAAUAGCUGGUCAAGAUUCAUGUCCUCCUUGCAUUUGUGACUGCUCAGCAGAGUCCAUCCUCUCCAUGCCACUGGGAUUGGCCAAUAGUUCAUUUGAAGACUGUGGUCGACACGAUCCUGACACAAAUGAGGAAAUGGAGAAAACCAUUACAGACCUACUAGCAGAGGAGCUAAGAUUGCGUGCUGAAGUCACCAAGGAUCACAUGCAGCACGCUGAGGCAUCAAUACUAGAAGCAAAGAAGACAUCUUCUCAAUACCAAAAAGAAGCUGAGAAGUGCAAUUCUGGGAUGGAAACAUGCGAAGAGGCGAGAGAGAAGGCUGAAGCGGCGCUGAGAGCUGAGCUUAAGCUGUCAGCAUUAUGGGAGAAACGGGCUCGCCACCUUGGAUGGACGGAUAGAAAAACAGCAAGCUCAUAAGCAAGGAUUUUUCUUACUUUCCUUUUUUUUUUUCUUUUUUCUUUCCGAAAUUCUUUUACUUUAUGUUUCUGUUAGGUUGGUGGGCCUCUAUAUUCAUGGCCUUUGGAUCUAAUCUUGUCCAUAUGUAGCUUAGUUUUGCUUUCUACUUCAAAAGCAUUCUCAUGUUUUCUGUCUUUUCAAUCCAAUUUGAGAUGCCAAGUAUCAGAUGAAGUUUCCUUUCACAAAUGAAAUACAUUUUACUGAAA